GGCGGGUCUUUGUGGCUUAACGUAAAGCCGUCCAACGGAAGUUUAUCCGCCUGUCUUCAUUCUUCACACGGUGCCAAGGGCUUACUUCUUUUAGCAAGGAACGGUGAUAGAACAUUAUGCAAAGAGCAGCAAUCAACACUGGAGUCAAAAUCCAGAAAAUUUCAAAAACCAUCACGUUUUACAAAAAUGAAUAUAAAAUAACAUCAGCAACUUCUGAUCUGUCUAAGCCCCUUCUUUUGCUUCUGCCCUGGUUGGGCUCUCAGUCUAAAGCUGUGGAAAAGUAUCGUGAAAUUUAUUUCAAGCAUGGCUAUGAUAUUCUUACUGUGGAGAGUGAAGUCCGCCACUUCCUUUGGCCUAAGUGGGGCUUGGAGUAUGGUGCCCAAGUCCUGGGUGUGCUUCAGAGUGAAAGCUUUGUAUCCCGUCCCCUUUUAAUCCAUGCAUUUUCUAUAGGAGGAUACACUUUUGCACAGAUGCUGCUAAAUGCUUCCCAGACGCCCAAGCUGCAGGAAAGUUUAACAAAAAGGGUCUAUGGUCAGAUUUAUGAUAGCCUUGUAGUAGGCACACUAGAGCAUAUGGCAGCAGGGAUUGCAAAAGUUUUGUUUCCCAAAGUCGAAGCAUUAGUUGAGAAGACCACAAUGCUGUAUUUUAACCUUCUAAAAGGUUAUACUGUGGAUUAUUACAACAAUGCAAUAGAUACGUUCUAUGAUACACCUGUUGCAUCACCUGCCCUCUUUUUCUACUGUGAGAAUGACCCACUGAGUGACCACAAGGCGGUUGAGAAACUGAUGCAAUUGUGGCUUGAAAAGCAGAAGAUCACUGUAGUAGGGAAAUGCUGGAAAAACUCUGUACAUGCAGGACAUCUGCGCCAGCAUCCCAAGGAAUACCUUGAUACUCUUCAUAGCUUUCUUCUCACUCAUGGAAAGAUGCUACCAAAAGCCAAGCUGUGAAAGAAAUAUUCCAGGUGCCUAAUUAUGUUAUAGUAACAAAAGGUUAAGUAAUAGUAGUGUUUAUUAAUAUUUUUAAAUGUUAAUGUUAUUACAUGGGUAUUAUUUCUGCAGGGUUUUCUAAAAAUAUUACAUUUUUCUGAAAGCCACAUCUGAUUCAAUUUUAAAAAAUUAACUUUUAUACUACAUUUAAAUUUGGGAGAAGCUGAAAGAUGUACAAAGAGUUAAAAUUUUUACAUUUAAAAUAGAUAUAUAGUAGGUGUCAUGGUUAGUUUAAGCAAAUCCUUUUAAUACUUUCACACUGGUCAUGCGUCAUAUCUGACUUGAUUAGUUUGGUUUAUUUUUAUACUGAGAAAUGCAAAUUGCUUGGUGAAUCAGGUAUUCUGUGCUGGCGGUGGAGCAUACCGACAAGCUGAAAAAAGUAGAGACCAUGAAAAUACAUGGCGUGGACUUCUGUAGGAACCCUGUUUUUAUUUUUUUCAUAAAUAUUACUGAACAUAAACUGAUAAGAUGUUUUCCAUAUCCUACAUCACAGUAGUCAGAUGGAAAUUAAUGAUGGAAUACAAAAUGUAAACUGCAUGCCGCUUUAAUUGCUGUUUGUAUGCUGUUGCAGUGCCCCUGUGCAUUAUCAGUUUCUUGGCAAUCCAUUGCACAUAUGUAAAUGGUAAUGUUUUUGUUUUUUUCCUUGUUAUUGAUAUAUUAACAGGUGAGUAUACUUGAGCUAAACUGGAAUCACUACCUUUGAAGAAUAAAAAGCACUGAGCGUUCGUUCACGUGUGUUUUUUUUUGGAAGACAGAUUUACUUGUAACUGAACUCUGAGAACACAAUAAUGUAUUCUAGAGAUUAACUCUUUUUUAUAGCAGGUAGCUGUUAACUUUGCGCAUACUGUUAAUUCCACAGCACUGCCACCUUUGACCCAGAGAAUGAAAACUGUUCUGUAAAGAUAUUUUGCUGGCUAUAAAACCACCUUGUGCUAGUUAUGCCAGUCCAAAAUAAACUAAUAUACAAACUGUUACUUCUAAUCAGGGUUUAGAGAUUUAUGAUCUCUUUUAAUAAAGGCACAGAAAAAGACAAAGGAAACUUAGUAGCCACCUAUCUUUGUUCUAGAAUGAACAACUUUAGAAGUGCAUAUACAGCACCUUUAAAUUCCUGGCAGUUUGGAUUAACAAAAACAUAAUAAAUAUUUUGUCUUGAGUAGGAUUUAACACGGAGACCAAUACUAGGCUAGAGAGAGAAUGUAUAUUAUGCACAGAAUACUAAAUACUGUAUGUAAUAUUAUACAAACAUUUUUUUUAUAACUGCAAGUUGAAAUACCAGAAUGAUUGUCAUGGAUAAUAAAGAGAUAGAAAACAUUGUGUAUUAGCAAGUUUGAAGAAGAGGUCAGAAAUAACUGUAAUAAACUCUACUAGAUAUUCAUCAAGGGGUAGCCAUAAUUGAAAAAUCAGUGCUGUGUCCAAUUAAGAAAAUGAUCAUUGAAGCAUGCAUUAGGCACAUUUGAUGUUCUUUUGUUAACAGGUCAGAAUGAAGUACUGUAACUGUUUACUGUUUAAUCUCUCUUAAAUGUCUUAAUAUGCCCUAUAUAAUUCAGUGAGCAAGAAAAAGCAACAAGUGGUCAUCUAAGAAAUUUUAAUUGGCUACAUUUUGAACUAGUUUGCAAAUAUGCCACACUUAUAGCCUACUUAUCAUUGGUAUUCUUGCUUAGUGUCUAUGCCAAUAUAUAGAUCUAAGAAUUCAAAGCAGAGCAGUUAUUUUGCAAGAAUAAACAUUUGUUUCAUUUAAAUUACAACUAACUUGUCUGUUGCUUAAGUAGCUUAGAGGUUACAGCGAAAUCCUGCCAAGCCAAUGAAAUAGUAAGAUUUUAAGGCUUAAAGAUGCUCUAAAGCUAAUUUAUGAGCUGAAUGGAGUGUUUAUUGGAGAGAUAACUGUUUGUUUUUUGUGUUAAGUGUUAUUAUGUUAAUAUUUGUUCUGUUACCUAUGUAACCAUAGUUUUUUUUUUUAAUGAAUGUAAAUUAUACACACAGGAAACAUCUAUAUAUUGAUAACAGAAUUGCAGAUAUUUCUAUAAAAAUAUAAUAAUUGAAAUGCAUAGUCUUUUAAUAUGUAUUACAAACAUUAAUAAAAAAUAGUCUGACAACUUUGAUGCAAUACUUAGCAUCAAAGUGAAAGUUUGGCAUCAAAGAUUUUACUGUGCGGUAAAUGAAACAUAUCAAUGCAAAACACUUUACCUCAAACACUGUUAAAACAGUGUAAAAAUUUCAUUUUUUAUUAAAUCAUUUUAUCUAAUAAACUGAAUAUUGUUUUAC